AUAGGAUAAUAUAAAAUAUGGUGGACACACCAUGGCAUGAAGGGAGCACCUGUUGUAACAUGACAUUUUAGUGAAUUGCUUUAGGGGUAAAGUCACUGUUUUUCUGAGAUCUGCCAGGCAUCAUGAGGGGAGCUUCUGCCUUUUGUGAACACUUUACAUGACAGUGUGGUUAGGCAAUGGAACAACUUAAAGUAGGGAAUAGAGGGAGAAACAAGUAAGUAUCACCGUUGGCUGUGCUGUGUACAUUCUGCUUAUGCCUGGUACAGGCAGCUGUGACCUCUUCCUCUCCAUCUACAGCACAUUACCUUGUGUUUAGUGUGGUUCCCAUUGUGUUCCUAUGAUUUAUCAUGAGCUAUUCCUGCUUUAGAUGUUCUGUCUGAAGAACAGAUCCGACUGAAGAAACUGAAGAAGCAGGAAGAUGAUCAGGCUCGGACAGUUGUGGUGCGUCCAAACCCUCCAAAUCCGCCAAGCCCUUCCCACAAACUGACGCCGGAACAGCUGAGCAUGAUAAAAAAGCUCGUGGCCGCUCAGCAGCAGUGCAACCAGCGCUCCUUCACAGACAGACUCAAAGUGACGCCAUGGCCCCAGAUUCCUGAUCCAAAUAACCGUGAAGCAAGGCAGCAGCGUUUUGCUCACUUCACAGAACUUGCAAUUAUCUCUGUGCAAGAGAUAGUGGACUUUGCCAAGCAAUUACCUGGCUUCCUGGAGCUCACCAGGGAAGAUCAGAUCGCUUUACUGAAGACAUCUACCAUAGAGGUGAUGUUGUUGGAGACAUCUCGGCGCUACAAUCCAGAGAUUGAGAGCAUCACCUUUCUUAAGGACCUGAGCUAUAAUCGGGAUGACUUCGCCAAAGCAGGUGGUGCAUUAGACAGGUGUUUCUUCUUCCCCAGUGUCUUGUGUUCUUAUAUAUUUUCCUUUUUAAUGUAGGCAGCUGGAAGCAGUUUGUGGUGAGAGAGGUUUAGAACAGGACCAAACCAAUGGCCCCACAAUGUUUUUUUUUUGCUUUUAAUGUAUGGUACCAGCUCAGUUCAUGUCUUUUCCUAGGUGUCAAUUUGCUUGGGAAAAUCUGGACUCUUAAAGCAUGAAAAUAUUGUUGCAAGUGUCCACCUAGGACUAGCAGUUGGUGUGAAAUUGCUUGCUUGUAGAGGUGUGAUGUGGUGGUGGAGCUGUAUCAGAUCAUACCAAUCCAAAGUACAGUGUUCUCUCCUUUGCAAGUGUAUCACUUGCUAAUCGGGAUGGAUACUUGGAGUGAUGACAUUACUGUGAUUAUAUUUCAAUUGAUAUGGAGUCUGUGCUAAGCACUGAGGAUCCCCAGAGACUGCUUUAGACAUUUUAUCAUCAUAAUAUAUGGUAGCCUGUGUUGUUGUGAUCUCUGAAGUGUGUUUUUCCAGGAGCUUUGAGUAUCUGUAAUUUCAGACGAACUAACAAGAAGAGUGUAUCUUCAGCAUUUUUAACCCCAAAAUUUUAGCUGUGAUUUUUAAGUUUUAUUCUUUGAGUAGCUAUUUUAACCAUUUAUACUUGAGAUGGUCUUUAUAUACAACUUUUCUUUAUGACUCUUUCCCUGGUAGACUUCAGGUUAUUAGAAAGGCAAAAAGCAGGGAUCCAGAAACAUUCCAUCCAUUUUGUUCCUCCUUCUCUGAUGCAUUUGUAAUGCAGGAAAUUGGAAAAUUGGAUGUUGUUUUGGAGGAAGGGCCUGAAGUUUUCAGUAUGAUUACAUAGCACAAAUUUGACAGUGGUCUCUGUUAUGACAAUAAAUAUCAGUGCAUUUCUGUCUGACUGCAUUUAUCAAAUGAGGUUAUUGGAAGCCUAGGCCAGGCUCUGCCUCAGGUCUCCCAGUUCUUUGAGCUGAAGGAAAUGGCA